GCUCUCUUUGUCCUCCCCAGCGAUGUUUCCUGCCCGCUGACCCUGUGCGCUCCGAGCAAGUAGGGGUGGGGAGUCUGGAACCUAUAGCAUAAAUGGGUGCAAGAGAAAGGAAGUCUAUUGCGGGGUGGUGUAUGCGUGCCUCUUUCCCCACCCCCACCCUUUCCUCCUUGGGCUUCCUCUCUCCAGUGUGUCCCUGGGGUCCAGACGGGAAGAUCUCCACGCAAAGGCACAGUCCCCAGGCAUCCCGUCCGAGGGCAUGCACAGGCAGGAGAAGGCUCUCGGCUUGACUGCUCUCCUCUCCCUGGCUUUUGUGUUGCUGCCUCUGAGCUGCAAGGAGGGUGCGCUGGAGGAGGAGGGGGGCCUUGGAUGAGAAGCAUCACUUUCACGCGCGCGCGCGCACACACACGUUGCCGGCGCACGCACACUCGGGCGGACACACUCACAGAUACACACGCACACGCACAAAGCUCGCUCGUCUCUAGCGCACUAACGUGGCCGUUUCCUUUGUGUGGAGCCCUCAAGGGGGAUUGGGGCUCCGGUCCGGUCCCAGGGAGAUGGCGCAGCCCAUCCUGGGCCAUGGGAGCCUGCAGCCUGCCUCGGCCGCUGGCCUGGCAUCUCUGGAGCUCGACUCUUCGCUGGACCAGUACGUGCAGAUUCGCAUCUUCAAAAUCAUUGUGAUUGGGGACUCCAACGUGGGCAAGACCUGCCUGACCUUCCGCUUCUGCGGGGGGACCUUCCCCGACAAGACUGAAGCCACCAUCGGUGUGGACUUCAGGGAGAAGACAGUGGAAAUCGAGGGCGAGAAGAUCAAGGUUCAGGUGUGGGACACAGCAGGUCAGGAACGCUUCCGCAAAAGUAUGGUGGAGCAUUACUACCGCAAUGUUCAUGCAGUGGUCUUUGUUUAUGAUGUUACCAAGAUGACAUCCUUCACCAACCUCAAAAUGUGGAUCCAAGAAUGCAAUGGGCAUGCUGUGCCCCCACUAGUCCCCAAAGUGCUUGUGGGCAACAAGUGUGACUUGAGGGAACAGAUCCAGGUGCCCUCCAACUUAGCCCUGAAAUUUGCUGAUGCCCACAACAUGCUCUUGUUUGAGACAUCAGCCAAGGACCCCAAAGAGAGCCAGAAUGUGGAGUCGAUUUUCAUGUGCUUGGCUUGCCGACUGAAGGCCCAGAAAUCCCUGCUGUAUCGUGAUGCUGAGAGGCAGCAGGGAAAGGUGCAGAAACUGGAGUUCCCACAGGAAGCUAACAGUAAAGCUUCCUGUCCUUGUUGAAACCAAAUGGUGUAAAUACGAGAUAAAUUAUCACUGGAGUUUUUUCUUUCCCUUUUUUCUGUGCCUGCAUAAUGCUGACACCUGCUUGUUUCCAUACAAAUUGGUAUCAAAAUAAAAUUUGUAUAGAUUAUCAGA